AUGGACCCACUCUCGAUCGUUGCUUCUUCCUUCACAUUGGUUGGUGCUUUGGCCAAGCUCGGCGAGGCAGCAAACAGUGCAUUCCACUGCGCUUCGGCCCUCAAGAAAGUCAACAAGCAAUAUACACAAACCGCUCAGGAUUUACAGUCACUUGUUAAUACCAUCAAGCAGCUGGACAGUCUGAAAGAAGAGAUCUCGGAAAUCGACGAUGCGCGCAUCCAGUCUUCCAACAUCGACCAAAAAGCGUUGGACGAGCAUCUAGACUCAGCAAAAGAGCUCGAGAAGACCCUUCAGAAGCACCAAAAACACAUGAGAGGGUGGAGGAGGAGAUGGUCAGCUGUCAGGAUUACCUUUGGUUCGGAACACAUCAAGAGUGACCUCGAUAGUUCGACAGAUAGAGUAAGAAACCUGUUCGGAUGCGUGUCUAGUCUACAUGCAACCGUCCAGACCGCUCUUGCCUUGUCGACGAGAGAGAUAUGUGUCAGCACCACACAACAAGCCAUUGCUCAUCAUGGUGUUACUGGGGAGAAGCUCAAUCGAGUGAGCCUAGUCGUCGAGCACGCGGCCCACGAGGUUUCCGCUACAAGAGAUAAAAUCAUGGAGAUUCAUGGCAUGCAAAGACAACUCAUCUUUGGCACAUCAUGUCGACCCAUUGCAGAAACCAACACCAAGCCAAGGUCAUUCAUUGUGCCAUAUCCUCGCAACCCUUGCUUUGUUGGGAGAGAAGACCUGCUGUGCAAAAUCAGUGCCUGUCUGACGCCACCCGACGAGGGCUCUUCAGGGCGCGCAUUUUGUGUACACGGGCUUCCCGGGAUUGGAAAAACCCAUACAGCAAUUGAGUUCGCAUACCGGCAAAAGGAUGACAGCAAAUUCACUCACAUCUUUUGGAUCUCCGCCGACAGUGUCGAGAAGCUGGAACAGGGCUUGGUCGGCAUCGCUCGUGAUCUUGGUCUUGCGAAUUCGACGGUUUUUGAGGAUCGCGACAAGUUGGUGGGGUUGGCUCGCUCAUGGCUGGAAAAACCGCAUGAUGCGUCCUGGCUCCUUAUUCUGGACAAUGUCGACAGUUCCCAGGUUCUGAACCCAUAUUGGUCUGCUUUUAACGAAGGCUCUGUCCUCAUAACCAGCAGAGACAUGAUACAGGGGUUAGCUGCGGUCAUAACCAGUCCAACUGAUAGUGAUUCCGUGGAAGCAUUUUCACUUCCAGAGGGAGCCGAGUUCAUCAGAAAACGCUUGUCGACUCGGCGUAUCCAAGGUCUCGAUGAAAACACGGCUGGAGACCUGGCGAGCAAGCUGGGACUGUAUCCUCUGGUCUUGGACCAGAUGGUCACAGUCAUUGAAUCCGAGCCGGAGCCUAUGCCUCUGUCACAGAUGCAUGAGCUUCUCAAGAUCGAGUUUGGGGAUGAACUGUUCCAGAAUAUCAAGCCAGACAGCCCCUGGUAUCAGGACAGCGCUGGUGCAGCUAUAGAAACUCACAUCAUGAACAUGGACAAGCAAUAUCGGCUAGGCCUGGGGACGAUUGCCUUUUUCGACCCUGAUAAUAUUCCCGUGCAGUUAUUGUUAUCCAAAGACCGGAAAGUGGCAUGCUUUGAAAAUGAAGCAAAGCUUCGUGUUAUUCUUUCUCGACUAAGAAAGUCUUCGUUUAUCGGUACCGCCAACAAGGGCAUCGGAGACGACUGCAAACGCAUCAACAUACAUCGGCUCGUUCGAGAUUGUGCACUCAGGAUGUGUCCGGAUCAUCAGAUGGCGUUCGAAAAUGCAGUUCACCUUCUCCGUCAGGCCUUUCCCUUGCACCAUUUCUCACGAGAUCACAUGGUGGAAUACUGGGAGGUGUGUGAGAAGUUUCAGCCUCACGUCCUGACGCUGCAUCAACAGUACAUCCAUCUGAAGACUGUUGAUGCGAUCCCCCUCCGAUCAUUCUUCGAGUUCAUCGACCUGAUCUACUCAUGUGCCUGCUGUCUGGAGGGCUACGAGGAGAUCAUCUCGAGAGAACACACACAGGUGGGAGUUCCAAGCACCAUCCCAGCGGCUUUCCUCUCCGACCUCUACACAGUUCAGCAGUUCUACCACACAGAAGCCACAUCCGACAUCAGCAUGAUUGACCUAGCUCGUAAAGCCUUGAACAUUCGCGAGGAUGCCGUCAAAGAGGGUCUCUUGGAUCCCCAUCAUCCCAACCGUGCCAACGGCUUUAUGAAUGUUGGAGUUGCUAUGGCGUGGGAGGACCCCAAAGGGGCCAUCGAGAUGCAUGAUCGAGCCCUCGAGAUUCGACUACAUGCACACUCAGAUUACAAAGAUGACCAGAUCCAUGGCUUGGCGCUCAACUAUCUCAACGUGGGAAGGUGCUGGCUGUUGGUGGAUGAUCUGAAAACUGCGGCAUCUUGUUUUGAGAAAUCUCUGGACAUCAUAAAAGCUCGUGAGCAGAAAUUAAGGAAGCAAUUCACGUUGUAA